AUGGCUCCUAGAAAGGAUUCUUGGAGGCACAAUGAAGAAGUUAUUCUUUGCCAAGCUUGGAUCACCGUUGGUGGUGAUGGUGCUGUCGGAACCGAUCAAAUGUCGGAUUUAUUAUGGAAUCGUAUUGCGGAGGAGUACAAUGCACACAAACCGACGGAUUGUGUAACUAGAACACCUUCUAGUUGUAAGGCUCGUUGGAAAAAAAUCAAUCCAGCAUGUAUGAAGUGGCGGCAAGCUCUUAACAAGGUCGAGACUUUUCAACGACGAAGCGCUGAAAAUAUGGAGGACGAGCUCAUGAAUGUUAAGUCGACAUACUACGACAUGGAAGGUAAAGAUUUCUUGUUUGAGCAUUGUUGGGUUUACUUGAAAAAUACAGAAAAAUUUGGUCAUAUGCCAACAAUGGAAAAUACCAACCACAGUGUUCGUACUCCUAUCGACUUGGACGACAGUGGAACAUCGACAAAUGAGGAGGGUGCCACUUCAUCAAGGAAGGCACGUCCUAAAGGACAGAAAGCUCAGAAGCUAGCUAAGAAAAAAGGCUCCCAACAGGAUGCGGGUGACCUACGAAAGCAAAUGCAACAAUUUCAAGAACAAUGCGAGCGUGAGUACCAACAAAGGCAACAACAAUUCGAGGAAGGUCAACUAAUUGAGCAACGCGCUGAAGAUGCUCGCACGAUGAUGGUGGAUCCAUCAAUAUUUACUCCAAGAAAGAGGAGUUAUUGGGAGAGAAAGCAACAACAGAUAAUAGAUAAGGAGGCAGGAAACUCAAGCAUCCCAGAACAAUCUCAAGAUCCUACACCCCCGGAAGGAGACGACACAAGCUUAGCCACUUAUGAUCCAGUUCAUGAGACAUCUUGGAUGUAA